UGAUAAACGCCCUUUGUUUCCCGGACCAGCUGCUGCUGAGCAUUUCCGGGUUUGCAGUUGUCUCCCGUCUUUCCCGCAGUGACUGCGCUUCAGUCCCGGUCGGUUUUCCCCUCCGUGUGUGAGUCUGGACCUGCUGCCUGCUGUCUGCUUCGGGACGAGUAAUUCGCUGACAUCAUGUCUAAGAAGGCCGGAAACCGCGGGCCAGAGGUGGAGGGGCUGUUGGAGGCGUCGAUCAUCCGGAUCCCUCCGCAUCACUACAUCCACGUCCUGGACCAGAACACCAACAUCGCCCGAGUGGAGAUCGGACCGCUCACCUACAUCCGCCAGGACAACGAGAGAGUGCUUUUCACUCCGAUGCGCAUGGUCAUGGUGCCUCCUCGUCACUACUGUGUGAUCGCCAACCCCGUGGCCCGCGAUGACGACAACCAGGUCCUCUUUGACCAAUCCGGACAGGCCAAGCUGCGUCACGCCGACCUGGAGAUCCGCCUGACCCAGGACCCGUUCCCCCUGUACCCCGGGGAGGAGGUCCAGCAGGACGUGACGCCGCUGCAGAUCGUGUACCCCGACACAGCUCUGCGUCUGCAGGCUCUGCUGGACUUUGAGGUGGAGGGAGGAGAGAAGAGAGUAGCUGGAGACGAGUGGCUGUUUGAAGGACCGGGGACCUACAUCCCCAGGAAGGAGGUGGCCGUGCUGGAGACCAUCAAGGCCACGGUGAUCAGGGAGAACCAGGCCAUCAGGCUGAGAGCUCGCAAGGAGGGCAAGGACAGAACCGGAGUCAACAGAGUGACAGGUGAGGAGUGGCUGGUCAGUAAGGUGGGCGCGUACCUUCCCGGUGCGCACGAAGAGGUCAUCGACAUCGUCAACGCUUUCAUCCUCACUGACAAGAAAGCACUGCACGUGCGCGCCCUGCGGCCCUUCAAAGACGCCGGCGGACGCGAACGUCGCACUGGGGAGGAAUGGCUGGUCACCAUGGCCGACAGGGAGGCGCACAUCCCCUCUGUGGCAGAGGAGGUGGUGGGCGUGGUGGAUGUGACCACCCUGAGCAGCAGGCAGUACUGCGUGAUCCUGGACCCGGUGGGACCCGAUGGGAAACCUCAGCUGGGCCAGAAGAGGGUGGUGAAGGGCGAGCGCUCGUUUUUCCUGCAGCCUGGGGAGCACCUGGAAAACGGCAUCCAGGAUGUGUACGUGCUGUCGGAGGAGGAGGGGCUGGUGCUGCGAGCUGUGGAGACCUUUAACGACACCCAGGAGCAGGAGGAAGACGAGGAGGAGGAGGAAGAGCUGCAGGAGAGGGCCAAGCGCUCUCGCAGAAGUGGCACCCUCCGUCGCCCUGGAGACCGCUGGAUGCUGCGGGGCCCCAUCGAGUACGUCCCCCCUGCCAGCGUGGAGGUGUUGCUGCGGCGCCAAGCCAUCCCGCUGGACGAGAACGAGGGCAUCUACGUCAGGGACAUCAAAACAGGAAAGGUGCGCGCGGUGAUCGGUCACACCUACAUGCUGACUCAGGACGAGGAGCUGUGGGAGAAGGACCUUCCUCCGAACGUCGAGGCCCUGCUGGGCGCUCGUCUAGACCCGCUGGCCGACCGCUCAGACCGCGGCCAGCAGGCACCGGCCGCCCUGAGGGAGAAGACCAGGGUGGUGUCCUUCAGGGUGCCCCACAACGCCGCCGUGCAGGUCUAUGACUACAGGGAGAAGAAAGCCAGGGUGGUGUUUGGACCGGAGAUGGUGAUGCUGGGACCCGACGAGCAGUUCACCGUGCUGUCGCUGUCUGGGGACAAGCCAAAGAGGGCCAACGUCAUCAAGGCCAUCUGCCUCCUGCUGGGGCCCGACUUCUUCACCGACAUCAUCACCAUCGAGACGGCCGACCACGCCCGGCUGCAGCUGCAGCUCUCCUACAACUGGCACUUCGAGGUGAAGUCUCGGACGGAUGUGGCCGACGCCGCGGCCGUGUUUUCAGUCCCUGACUUUGUGGGUGACGCCUGUAAAGCCAUUGCAUCGCGGAUCCGUGGAGCCGUCGCCUCGGUGCAGUUUGAUGAUUUCCACAAGAACUCAAACCGGAUCAUCUGCUCGGCCGUGUUUGGCUUCGAUGAGAAGAUGCAGGUUCGCUCGAGUCUUCGCUUCCACCAGAACAACCUGGUGAUCAGCAGCGUGGACAUCCAGUCCGUGGAGCCCGUCGACCAGCGUACACGAGACGCCCUGCAGAAGAGCGUCCAGCUGGCCAUCGAGAUCACCACCAACUCCCAGGAAGCGGCUGCACGACACGAGGCCGAGCGUCUGGAGCAGGAGGCCCGGGGAAAGCUGGAGAGGCAGCGGAUCACCGACCAGGCCGAGGCGGAGAGAGCCAGGAAGGAGCUGCUAGAGCUGGAGGCGCUCAGCGCGGCGGUGGAGAGCACCGGAGCAGCGAAGGCUGAAGCUCAGUCUCGGGCGGAGGCGGCUCGAAUUCAGGGAGAGGCGGCGGUCAGCGAGGCCAAACUGAAGGCUGAGGCUCAGAGGAUUGAGGCGGAGGCGGAGCUGCAGCGCCUGGCGAAGGCUCGUGAGCAGGAGCUGAACUAUAAGAAGGAGAUUGACCGUCUGGAGGUGGAGAAGCAGCAGCGGCUGGCUGGGAUCGAGAGUCAGCGCUUCAAGGAGAUGAUGGAGAGUUUGGGCAGCGAGACGCUGAAGGAGAUCGCCAGAGCCGGCCCCGAGAUGCAGGUGAAGUUGCUGCAGUCUCUGGGGCUCAAGUCCACCCUCAUCACGGACGGCUCGUCUCCCAUCAACCUCUUCACCACAGCCAACGGCCUGCUGGGGGCGCUGCCGGGUCAGGGACAGGCCCAGUGAGGAAGAGGAGGGGAAGAAAUGUGAAAGUUCAACAUUGAAGCACGAGGUCGUGACAGGUUUUUUCUCCACCCACCAGUGAAUAUGUUAAUAUUCAAUAUUAAAGCGAUGUCUGCUGUCCGGAGAAAGUGAUUUGUGCACGUGUCGGAGAACCCGCGGCAAAGAUGUUUCACCGUCGUAGCGCUGACAGCCAAAGAUUUGUUCCUACUGAGCACUUUUUCUCCCAAAGCUAACAAGCUAAACUAGCUGUUUACAGAUGCUGACUCUCUGGUGUGUGGAUGUCUCUGCCUUACAAAGUGCUGAUGUUCUUCCUUCUGUCGUUUAUUCGCUGAAGCAAUAUUAAAACUGACGUCCUCCUCUG